AUGGGAACACCAAUGCAUCCUAACACUAAACUUGAAAAUGAUGAUAAUGGGAAAGAUGUGGAUGAAACAAGGUAUAGAGGAAUGAUUGGUUCACUCAUGUAUCUAACCUCCUCUAGACCGGAUAUUGUUCAAAGUGUGGGUGUAUGCUCAAGGUUUCAAUCUCGUCCAAAAGAAUCACAUCUUUCAGCCGUUAAGCGCAUCAUUAGAUACAUUAAGGGAACUAGUGAUUAUGGCUUGUGGUAUCCAAAAUCUGAUAAUUUUUGUGCAAUAGGGUUUUGUGAUGUAGAUUAUGCGGGGGAUAGAGUGGAUAGAAGGAGCACAUCCAGCAUGUGUUGCUUCCUUGGGAGAUCACUCAACAUGUGGUCAAGCAAAAAAAGCAACCGUGGCCCUAUCCACAGCUGA